GCAAAGCCGGAACCAUCCUAUAGAUGGAACAACUCACUGGCGAAUGAAUUGUUAAUUGCACAUGUGACAAAAAAUAACUCGGCAACAUACAUUUGCUAUGCAAGUUACACGAUGAUUACGUCGUAUGGAAAAUGAGACAUUAUUUAUCCUCGAUGUAUUAUAUCCACCACAAAUAUCAAAUGCUGAAACUAAGUUAGUGGCUAUUGAAGGUUCAAACUUCAGUAUUUAUUGCAAUGUGUCGCUAGGAAAUCCAAGGGAAACCUUUAUAACAUGGAUAAGUGAUUCCGAUGCGGAAGUCGAAAAAGCUGGACAGCUAAUCAACUUUCUGAAUAUUUCUCGAACUGACGAAGGAAAUUUUGCAUGUAUUGCAAGAAACAGAAUGAAACCAACUGGCUGCGCAGAAGAAGAUGGAGUCGACAAACAACAAUUUUAUGUCGAUGUUCAGUAUAAAGCAAGAAUACAGAGAUUUGCUGCCUUAUCUGCUACGGUAAAUCAUACGGAGGAAUUAAGUUUUGUGUGUGAUAUAGAUAGUGACCCACCUGCUAGUGUUAGUAUAAUGUCUACAAAUGGAACGACAUUGUAUUUUACACGUGGAAAUAAUCAGCUGCGAUAUAGAAAGACUAGUUCGUGCUUGGAUGACAACGGCAAUUUCACGUGUACUUCUGAAAAUAAACAUAACGGCGGGUCGCCCGAAAGCAGAAAUGUUACAGUUGAUGUCAGAUGUUCGCCGAUAUACCCCCGUAAUUACUCUCCAGAGACGGUUAUCAAAUCACAAAUUGGAGACCAGACGAUACUAAAUUUCAGUAUAUUUUCAAAUCCCUUACCCACAAGUGUUAUAUGGACAAAUCUUUCAAACAACAUGCAACUUCACGCGAACACAAGUGAAUCUGAUAGAGUAUUUAUAGAAACAAGUGAUGACAUGCUGUCAUCCGUGGUUGUCAUAAAGUGUAUAGAGCCCUGGGACUCUGGAAAUUACUCUGUGCGUGUAAAAAACGAAUUUGGAAACCUGACCGAAACAUUUCACAUUGUUUUAGACGAAACAUCACCAACAUCUAUCAACUCUGCAAACAUUGGAGGAUCUGGAGGCUCUGCAUUAAUUGGUGGUUUUGUCAGCACUGCUUUGGUUUUGAUAGCUCUCCUAAUUGUGACAGUCAUAUACGUCUACAAGAAACGGCAGAGUUCUAAACCCAACAAUGAUCUUCACGCCAAGAACGACAAUUCUCAGCAUGAUGAAAACGGGUACGAGGAAUUAGCUAUAAUAGGACGACGGACUGGCGAAAAGGAGUAUUCUGAACUUGAUUUCCAAGAGAGAAAAGACAAAACCAAUCAGAACAAACCGUCAGCUGGAAACGAAACGUAUGAGAACCUUAAACUGGGCACACGAUGAAGUAAAACAUCAUUGCAAUGACAUAGACAUCUGCUGUUUCUAUGACGAGUUUUUGCAAAUAUUUUGUUUGUUUGUUUAUAUUGAUUUUGUGUUCUUAAAACUAAGUUCCACUAGCUUUACUGUGUAUUGUUCAAUGUAUCAAUUUCACUUUAAUUGUGUGAUCACUAAAACACCUAAUUUAAACCUCAUUAUAUAACGUGUGCUUCGUCUUCGCUUUUUACUGUUAAAACACCAAUCAAACAAGCUACCUUUUGCAGUUUCCUUGCCAGAAUGCUUUCCCUGAUCACGGCACAAACAUGUUUUUCUCCGUCGUUGACAAACAUAAAUAUAAAAAACGUAAGUGAUGAUCCCUGCAGCGGUUCAUGAAUUUUUAUGUCGAUUCACAGACAAUAAACCAUUGUCAUCUAUUUGAUAAAUCUGUUUAAUCACACAAGAGAAGGAAAAGCUCUCAUACUUAUUUACAAAUGCAUACACUAUCCGUGGCGAUUAGUGCAUAUAUUUCAGAAAUUGCCAAAUACACGUUCAAUUGACCUCAUCUAUGAUGCCUGGAUGCAAACGAGUUGACUUAUUUGCUGACACAUACCAUAACAGAACAAUGUCAUAUAAACAUUACCUGCUUUGCUGUAAUGUAACAUUCUGAUAAUUUCCAUAGAUAUAAUCUACUGUUGGUCAAUAUCAUCCAUUAUAUUAUGCCAUAAGAUGGUAUACAAACACAUACUCUGGUCAUCUACAUCAACUAACGAAUAACUCUGCUGAGGUCCAAGUUUUCAGCAGACAGAUCCAUCUUAAUAUCAGUUGUUACAAUAAUUUUAACAAAUAUAUUGUAAUAAAAAA